CAAAAAAGAUAGGAAAAACCAAAAAAAAAAAAAAAAAAAAAACCAGAGAAUUCAAUUCACACCCCUUCACAACUUUCCAGAUUAGGGUUUCUCUCUCUCUCUCUCUAGAAACCACAAACUCAGAGUCUCUCUUUCUCUCUCUGAAGAAGAAGAAACGUUUCGUUUUGAAACCCUAGAAGAAGAUGGACGAAGGGGAGGGAACGACGGCGGAUCAGAUGGACCAGUUCCAUCGGAACGAGGCGAUAUCCGCCGUCGCCGACGUGGCCUUUCUCGGCGAAGAGGAAGAGGACGAAGAGGAUUACGAGGAUUUGUACAACGACGUCAAUGUCGGCGAGGGGUUCUUGCAGACUUUGAAGAAGAACGAGGAAUUAGGGUUUAAGGAAGAGGAGGAGGAAGAGGAGAAGAAGUUAGAGUCACCACCGAAGGUAGCGCAGGAACAACCGCGUGGUGCUGUUUCGAUUCCUGGUGUGGGUGAAGGUAGUGGGAAUGUUAGGGUUUCGGGUUCUGGUGGGUAUGGUGUUGGUGUUGGUGUUGGUCAGAGUAAUCAAGGGUUUAGAGGGAAUGAGAUGAAAGGGAGUGGUGGGAUUAGGGUUGAGUUAGUUCAACACAGUAAGAUCAAUGAGGUUGUAGAGGAGCAAAGUGGGUUUAGCAAUAGCAACAACAACAGCAAUAAUGUGAAUAUUAAUGGUAAUAAUAGUAAUAGUGGUGUUGGGCAUGCUGUGCCUGUUGGGGUUCCAGGGAACAUUGGUGGUGGGCAACAACAAUUACAUGGUGGUGUUGGUGUUGUUGUUGGUGGUGGUGGAGCUAAUGAGGGUGUGGUGAGGCCUAGUGGGAAUGUGAAUGGGUUUGGGAAUAGUGGGGGUGGAGGAGGAGGAGGUGGAGGUGGGGGGACGAUAUUGUUUGUUGGGGAUUUGCAUUGGUGGACGACGGAUGCAGAGUUGGAGGCGGAGUUGUGUAAGUAUGGGCCAGUGAAGGAGGUGAGGUUUUUCGAUGAGAAAGCUAGUGGGAAGUCGAAGGGUUACUGUCAGGUGGAGUUUUAUGACCCUGCUUCAGCGACUGCGUGUAAGGAAGGGAUGAAUGGACAUUUGUUUAAUGGUAGGCCGUGUGUGGUGGCGUUUGCAUCUCCUUUUAGUGUAAAGAGGAUGGGGGAGGCUCAGGUGAAUAGGAAUCAACAGAUGGCCCAAUCUGGGGUUACACAGGGGAGGAGAGGUGGGCCUAAUGAUGGUGGGGGUAAGAAUGGUGGGGGUGGUGGUGGUGGUGGUGGGAGUAACAUUGCUACUGGUGGGAAUUAUCAAGGUGGGGAUAGUAAUAAUAAUAACAACAAUAAUAAUAAUUAUAAUAACAAUAAUAAUUAUAAUAAUAAUAGAGGUUAUGGGAGAGGGAAUUGGGGCAGAGGGAAUGGGCAAGGAGGAAUGGGGAAUAGAGGGCCAGCUGGGCCAAUGAGGAAUAGGGGUGGUGGUGGGAUGGGAGGGAGAGGUAUAAUGGGUAAUGGUGGUAAUGGGUUUGGUCAGGGUAUUGGUGCAACCCCACCUUUGUUGCACCCUCAGCCAAUGAUGGGUCAGGGUUUUGAUCCGGCAUUUGGUGGGCCUAUGGGGAGAAUGGGAGGCUAUGGAGGCUUUCCUGGUGCUCCAACACCUCCAUUCUCAGGGAUUUUGUCUUCUUUCCCUCCUGUAGGAGGUGUUGGUUUGCCUGGAGUAGCCCCACAUGUGAAUCCGGCAUUCUUUGGAAGAGGGAUGCCCAUGAAUGGAAUGAAUGGAAUGGGCAUGAUGCCCACAUCUGGUGUUGAUGGACCUAACAUGGGAAUGUGGUCAGAUCCUAGUAUGGGUGGAUGGGGUGGUGAGGAACAUGGUGGUGGGAGAGCUGGGGAGUCAAGUUAUGGGGAGGAAGCUGCAUCUGAUCAUCAAUAUGGUGAGGUGAGUCAUGAUAGAGCAGGUUGGUCGAAUGCCAUGAAGGAAAAAGAUAGAGGUUCUGAAAGGGACUGGUCUGGGUCUUCUGAGAGAAGGUAUAGGGAUGAUAGAGAUCCAGGUUAUGAUAGGGAAAUGCCUAGAGAAAAAGAUAUGGGUCAUGAUUCUGACUGGACAGAAAGAAGGCACCGCGAUGAUAGAGACAUUGGUCGAGAACGGGAUAGGGAGCGUGAUCGGGACCGAGAGCGAUCCCGGGAUCGUGACCGUGAGAGGUCUCGUGAUAGAGACCGUGACCGUGAGAGGUACAGAGACGACAGAGAUAGGUAUGCUGAUCAUCAUAGGUACAGGGACCGGGAAGUGGAGCAUGAGGAUGAAUGGGAAAGGGGCCGGUCAUCAAGGACUCACAGCAAGUCACGGAUAUCACAAGAGGAGGAGCAUCACCGUUCAAGAUCAAGGGAUGCUGAUUAUGGGAAGAGACGGAGGCUUACCUCUGAAUAACUGAAUCAGAUGCUUCUUAUUUGUUGAACAGCUCUGGAUUCAUCAUGAUACUUGGACUCUCCUUCAAGUGCUGUUAGUGGGGUCCUUGAUUUGUUGAACAGCUGUUCUCACUUCAUUGCCUGAAAUUUCUUUACUGCUUCUUCAACACAGGAGCAUCGUUCCAUUCCUGUGUGAAGAAAUCUUGAAGGAUAUUUGAUCACUGGGGAACUAAAGCUGUUCAGCAGAACUCUGAGUUGCCUUGGAGAUAAGAGGACUUCAAACUUCUACUUGGUAGAGACAUUGCAUGGUGUUUACUGGUUGGCCUACAUUGAUGUGGAAGCGGAACUCUUUCUUAAAGUUUUUAGCUUUCUUUUCAUUUAUGUUUUAGUUAAUUAGAACUUGAUCAAACCAAUGUUGUGGAUGAUAAUGUUAUGGCUUGAAAUUGCUGAAGUCUGAAAUGUGGUAGAUUGUUGUACAACUUAAAUGUAUGAAUGGUGAUGUAAUAGGAUUUAGUUGUCUAGUUGGUAAUGUUCCUUUUCUGAUUGUCUA